CAGCCUCUUGUUUCCCACAAUGCUCUGCGAACAUCACCACCAAGAUGGCCGACGCUAUGGAGGAAUAUGAGAAAGAAGCUGGCUGCGUCCCUAUUCUCCAUCCCGAGGAAAUCAAACCCCAGAGUCAUUACAACCACGGCUACAGUGAGAAUGUCAGCCGCAAAAACCAUGUGGAUGACUACAGCACCUGGGACAUUGUCAAAGCCACACAGUACGGCAUCUUUGAGCGCUGCCGGGAGUUGGUGGAGGCGGGCUUCGAUGUUCGGCAGCCAGACAAAGAAAACGUAACACUCCUCCACUGGGCCGCUAUCAACAACAGGAUAGAUUUGGUCAAGUACUACAUAUCAAAGGGAGCCAUAGUGGACCAACUGGGAGGAGACCUCAACUCCACACCCCUGCACUGGGCCACCAGACAAGGCCAUCUAUCCAUGGUGGUGCAGCUCAUGAAAUACGGCGCAGACCCGUCUUUGAUCGAUGGCGAGGGCUGCAGCUGCGUUCACCUGGCCGCCCAGUUCGGCCACACCUCCAUCGUGGCCUACCUUAUCGCCAAAGGACAGGAUGUGGACAUGAUGGAUCAGAACGGCAUGACUCCUCUGAUGUGGGCGGCUUACAGGACACACAGUGUGGAUCCCACUCGGCUGCUACUGACCUUUAACGUGUCUGUCAACCUUGGCGACAAAUAUCACAAGAACACAGCGCUGCAUUGGGCCGUGCUGGCCGGCAACACCACGGUCAUCAGCCUGCUGCUGGACGCCAACGCUAACGUCGACGCACAGAACAUCAAGGGUGAAACACCGCUAGAUCUUGCCAAGCAACGGAAGAACGUUUGGAUGAUCAAUCACUUACAGGAAGCGCGGCAGGCCAAAGGCUAUGACAGCCCAUCAUACCUGAAGAGACUGAAGAUGGACAAGGAGUUCAGACAGAAGGUGAUGCUGGGAACACCCUUCCUGGUCAUCUGGCUCGUUGGUUUCAUCGCUGACCUGGACAUUGACUCCUGGCUGAUCAAGGGCCUCAUGUACGCAGGCGUCUGGAUCACUGUGCAGUUCCUCUCCAAGGCUUUCUUCGACCACUCCAUGCACAGCGCUCUCCCUCUGGGAAUCUAUCUGGCCACCAAGUUCUGGAUGUACGCCACCUGGUUCUACUGGUUCUGGAACGAUCUCCCCUUUGCCACUGUUCAUAUGCCCUUCCUGAUAAACACGCUGGCUCUCUUCUACAACUUUGGCAAAUCCUGGAAGUCUGACCCAGGAAUUAUCAAAGCAUCAGAGGAGCAGAAGAAAAAGACAAUUGUGGAGCUGGCAGAGACGGGCAGCCUGGAUCUGAGCAUAUUCUGCAGCACCUGCUUGAUACGAAAGCCCAUCAGGUCCAAACACUGCGCCGUGUGCAACCGCUGCAUCGCCAAAUUCGACCACCACUGUCCCUGGGUGGGGAACUGUGUCGGAAGUGGGAAUCACCGCUACUUCAUGGGUUAUCUGUUCUUCCUGCUCUGCAUGAUCUGCUGGAUGAUAUACGGCUGCAUUUCCUACUGGAGGCUCCACUGUGCCACCAGUUACGCCAAGGAUGGCUUCUGGCUCUAUCUGACCCAGAUCGCCUCCUGCUCUCCCUGGAUGUUCUGGAUGUUCCUCAACAGCAUCUUCCACUUCAUGUGGGUGGCCGUGCUCAUCAUGUGUCAGCUCUACCAGAUCGCUGCUCUGGGAAUCACCACCAAUGAGAGGAUGAACGCUCGGAGAUACAAGCACUUUAAAGUCACAGCCACGUCCAUCGAAAGCCCCUUCAACCAUGGCUGCUUCAGAAACCUGAUAGAUUUCUUUGAGAUCCGCUGCUGCGGUCUGAUCCGGCCCGUGGCCGUGGACUGGACCACACAGUACACAAUAGAAUACGACCAGACAUCUGGCUCGGGCUACCAGCUGGUGUAGAGGAGGAAGAAGGG